AUGGAAGACAGUAACAAUAAAAUCAUACCAUCACCUACUGAUAUUGGGGCACUAGCCAACAGAAUCAACUUUCACACAAGAGAUGCCCACAACAAGAUCAACACGUUCAUGGGCAUAAAGAUGGCCAUUGCCAUGAGGCACGGCUUCAUAUAUAGACAGGGGAUUCUGGCUUAUUACUAUGUAUUCGAUGCCAUAGAGCAAGAAAUAGACCGCCUGUUGAAUGAUCCUGUGACGGGGAAGGAACUACAAACUUCAGCCAUCUUGAAGCAAUUCUGGCUUGAGGAUUUUAGAAGAUCUACGCAGAUCUACAAAGACCUGAAACUACUAUACUCGAACACGUUCAAAAGCACAGAGUCGUUGAACGAGUUCUUGGCCACGUUUGAGAAACCACCGGUACUGCAGCAGUUUGUCAACAACAUUCAUGAAAACAUACAGAAGGAGCCGUGUACCAUUCUCUCCUACUGUCACGUCCUCUACUUGGCGCUUUUCGCUGGCGGCAAGCUAAUACGAUCGAAUUUGUACAGAAGAUUGGGUCUAUUCCCCAACUUUGAGAAGCUAUCGCAAAAAGAGCUGGUCAAGAAGGGUACAAACUUCUUCACGUUCAGCGAUCUGGGUCCUACUGAAGAAACACGCUUGAAAUUGGAGUACAAGAAGAAUUAUGAGUUGGCCACCAGGACGGAACUGACGGAAGCGCAAAAGUUGCAAAUCAUUAGUGUUGCGGAGGGAAUUUUCGACUGGAACUUCAAUAUUGUUGCAGAGAUUGGUGAGUUGAACCGUCGCGAGUUGAUGGGCAAGUUCAGCUUCAAAUGUGUCACGUACGUGUACGAAGAAUGGAUGUUCAACAAGGAAUCCGCUACUAGAAAAUCUUUUAACACUGUCCUAUUGCUAAUACUCUCCAUUAUCGCCAUCUGGACUCUUUAUUUCUUGGUAAAGAAGAGUUUUCUCAGCAUAGUAUAA